AUGGAGUUGGUGGCCGGGAACCUCAGCGAGGGGAACGCUAGCGGCCCCCAGCCCCCCACCCCGGACCCGCCGCCGCAGCUCUUCGGCUUUGGCAUGGAGAACUUCAUUACUCUGGUGGUGUUUGGCCUGAUCUUCACGCUGGGCGUGCUGGGCAACAGCCUGGUGAUCAUCGUGAUGGCGCGCAGCAAGCCGGGCAAGCCGCGCAGCACCACCAACCUGUUCAUCCUCAACCUGAGCGUCGCCGACCUGGCCUACCUGCUCUUCUGCAUCCCCUUCCAGGCCACGGUGUACGUGCUGCCCUCCUGGGUGCUGGGCGCCUUCAUCUGCAAGUUCACCCACUACUUCUUCACGGUGUCCAUGCUGGUCAGCAUCUUCACGCUGGUGGCGAUGUCCGUGGACCGGUACGUGGCCAUUGUGCACUCCAGGCGCUCCUCCUCCCUGCGGGUGUCCCGCAACGCGCUGCUGGGCAUGGGCUGCAUCUGGGCGCUGUCCAUUGCCAUGGCCUCCCCGGUGGCCUACCACCAGCGCCUCUUCCACCGGGAGUCUGGCAACAACGGCAACCUGACCUUCUGCUGGGAACAAUGGCCCGACCAGCGCCACAAGAAGGCUUACGUGGUGUGCACCUUUGUCUUUGGCUACCUGUUGCCCCUGCUGCUCAUCUGCUUCUGCUAUGCCAAGGUUCUUAAUCAUUUGCAUAAAAACUUGAAGAACAUGUCGAAGAAGUCAGAGGCAUCAAAGAAAAAGACGGCACAGACGGUCCUGGUCGUGGUCGUGGUCUUCGGAAUCUCCUGGCUGCCGCAUCAUGUCAUCCACCUGUGGGUCGAGUUUGGGGUCUUCCCACUGACUCCCGCCUCCUUCAUCUUCCGCGUCACAGCGCACUGCCUGGCCUACAGCAACUCCUCCGUGAACCCUAUCAUCUACGCCUUCCUCUCUGAGAACUUCAGGAAGGCCUACAAGCAGGUGUUCAAGUGCCAUGUGUGUGGCAAGUCCUCCCUCAGCAAUGCCAAAGAAAACAGAAGUCGAUUGGACACCCCGCCAUCCACCAACUGCACGCAUGUGUGA